UUUCUUGCUGAUAGAGAUGGAGGGUAGUGCUUCAGGAAAGUUUAGUGGCUGCUCAUGUUUGUUCAUGAUCAGCUUUUUGAUGGUGUGUUUGGGUGUGAGGUCCGAACUCACCACUGAUUUCUACAAUGAAAGCUGCCCAAACCUUCUGACGAUCGUGAGAAAGGCGGUUAAGAGUGCCAUCAAGACGGAGACGAGAAUGGCGGCUUCUUUGGUUCGACUUCACUUCCAUGAUUGCUUUGUGAAUGGUUGCGAUGGAUCGGUUUUGCUGGAUGGAAGUGAUGGAGAGAAGUCUGCCUUACCCAACUUGAACUCAGUGAGAGGAUUCGACGUUGUGGACACAAUAAAAAGUUCUGUGGAGAGCGCAUGUCCAGGAGUUGUUUCCUGCGCUGACAUACUAGCCAUAGCCGCCCGAGACUCCGUUCUCCUGAGUGUAUCUGCAGGAAUGAAACUAAGAAGGAAUCCUCUGCAGAGUGGAGGAAAUACAUGGAAAGUAUUUUUAGGAAGAAGAGAUGGACUAGUUGCAAACCAGACAGGCGCAAAUAACGGACUUCCUUUUCCAACUGAUUCCUUGGAUACAAUCACUCAGAAGUUUGCCAAUGUCGGCCUCAAUCAGACCGAUGUCGUGUCGUUAUCAGGUGCGCAUACAAUUGGAUUAGCAAGAUGUACUACCUUCAGCAGCAGAUUGUUCAACUUCAGCGGAACAGGCGCUGCUGACUCUACAAUGGACACGGAAAUGGUGUCCGAUUUGCAGACCUUAUGCCCACAGAGUGGUGAUGGGAACACGACAACCUCUCUCGACCAGAACUCAACCGAUCUUUUCGACAACCAUUACUUCAAGAACUUGCUCGUUGGGAAGGGUCUUCUUAGCUCUGAUCAGAUUCUAUUUACUGGUGAUGCAGCUGCUUCCACAACCAAAAGCCUUGUUCAAAACUACAGCAGUGACUCUGGCCUCUUCUUCUCCGAUUUCACCAACUCCAUGAUCAAGAUGGGGAAUAUCAGCCCCAAAACUGGUUCCGAUGGCGAGAUUCGAACGAAUUGCAGGGUGAUUAAUUCAUAAAAUGAAUUGAAGUUGUGAGGUUGAUGGUCAUGUUUCAAGGAAUUUAUGGUGUUUUCAGUGUGUUUAUGUAAUGUAUGUUGAUGUAAUGAAUAAGAUCUUUGGGACUUGGUUUUCUCAUA